AUGUUGAUUGAGAAGCUUGAGGGCAUCAAUAAUGGCUGGCCUCAAGGUAUUCCUUCUUGUAUUUUCUUUGUUCUCUUCUCAGUAAUAUCCCUUGCAGUUGAUUCCAUUGGUGCAAACCAAUCCAUCAAAGAUGGUCAAACCAUAGUUUCAGCGGACUGGGAUUUUGAGUUGGGAUUUUUUAGCCCUGGAAGUUCAGGCAAUCGUUACGUGGGAAUAUGGUACAAGAAAAUAUCUAGUGGCACUGUAGUUUGGGUUGCCAACAGAAAUACUCCUCUCAGUGAUAACACAGGAGAACUACUUUUUGCUGACCAAGGAAACCUGGUCCUUGUCAAUAGUACCAAUGGCAUUGUUUGGUCUACUAAUUCCUCAAGCUCAUCUGCUAAUCCAGUUGCUCAACUUUUGGAUACAGGAAAUCUUGUUGUGAGGGAUGGACAUGAUAAUAAUCUUGGGAAUUUUUUGUGGCAAAGUUUUGAUUAUCCAACUGAUACAUUUUUACCAGGAAUGAAGUAUGGUAUUGACUUGGUGACUGGCCUGAACCGAUAUCUAACAUCAUGGAAGGGCGUCGAUGAUCCUUCUUCAGGUAAUUACACAAAUGGGCUUGAUCCUGAUGGGUUGCCACAAUUUUUGCUAAGGGAGGAUUCAGUAUUGCUGUUCAGGACUGGACACUGGAAUGGUUUAAGGUUUAGUGGAAUGCCAAAUCUGAAACCGAACCCUAUUUACACAUUUGAAUUUGUUUUUAAUGAUGAGGAGAUAUAUUACGAGUAUGAGCUUAUAAACAAGUCAGUUGUUUCUAGGAUGGUUCUAGGUCCAGAUGGUGCCUUGCAGCGUUUCACAUGGGUCGAUCGCACCCAGGGCUGGAGGCUUUACUUGAAUGCAAUGAUGGAUAACUGUGAUAGAUAUGCGCUAUGUGGUGCACAUGGUAGUUGCAAUAUUAACAAUUCGCCAGCAUGUGGGUGUUUGAGAGGAUUUGUGCCUAAAUAUCCGAAUGACUGGGAAGCAGCAGAUUGGACACAUGGAUGUAUCCGAAAGGUCCCAUUGAAUUGCGGGGAAGGAGAGGAUUUUCUUGAGUACUCUGGAAUCAAAUUACCGGACUCACGACACACCUGGUAUAACCGGACCAUGGAUCUUAAAGAAUGCAAGAAGCAAUGCUUGGAGAACUGCUCCUGCACAGCCCUGCAAAGCAACGAAAGAGGGAAGGAAGAUUUAGAGCUGCCAUUGUUUGAUUUUGAUACAAUAUCUAAGGCCACUGACAAUUUUUCACAACAAAAUAAGCUUGGACAGGGUGGCUUUGGACCAUUAUACAAGGGAAUAUUGGAAAAGGGACAAGAAAUUGCUGUAAAAAGGCUUUCAAAGAAAUCAAGCCAAGGAAUUGAUGAGUUCAAGAAUGAAGUCUUAUGCAUCUCUAAACUUCAACACCGCAACCUAGUGAAGCUUUUAGGGUGUUGCAUCGAGCGACAAGAAAGAAUACUGAUUUAUGAAUUCAUGCCCAACAAAAGUUUAGACUCCUUUAUAUUUGAUCAAAAACAAAGCAUAUUGCUAGAUUGGCCUAAGAGGUUCCAGACUAUCAAUGGAAUUUCUAGGGGUCUUCUUUACCUUCAUCAGGAUUCAAGACUCAGAAUCAUACACAGAGAUUUAAAAGCCGGCAAUAUAUUGCUUGAUUAUGAGAUGAAUCCAAAAAUUUCAGACUUUGGCUUGGCUAGAAGUUUUGGAGGAGAUGAGACUGAAGCAAACACAAACAGGGUGGUUGGAACACAUGGUUACAUGUCACCAGAGUAUGCAAUUGAUGGCUGGUUUUCUAUCAAAUCAGAUGUAUUUAGCUUCGGAGUUUUGGUACUAGAGAUAGUGAGUGGAAGGAGAAACAGGGGAUUCUCUCAUCCGGACCACAACCUGAACCUUCUCGGGCAUGCUUGGAGGCUUUAUAACGAAGACAGGCCUUCAGGAUUGAUAGAUGAAAUGGUAAGGUCUUCAUGCAAUACUUCCCAAGUGUUGCGAUCAAUCCAUGUGGGUCUAUUAUGUGUACAACAAAGUCCAGAAGAUAGACCAAGCAUGGCAACUGCGGUUCUGAUGCUGAAUAGUGAGAUUUCGUUACCUCAGCCUAAAACGCCUGGCUAUUUCACUGAAAGAAAUUUUGUGGAUGAUGAUUCUUUGUCCACCAAUCUCGACGUUGCUUCAACUAAUUCAUUGUCCAUAACAAUUUUAGCACCUCGAUAGAGGUUAUGCAUAUCAAUUCAUAAAUUCUGA